GUGGAUCGUGCGGUUUAUGAAACUCGUAGCGCGCCAUGGUAGAGUUCGCCAUUUUGAAUCGAAGAAUGUGACUUUCUGCCUGCCUGUGAGGGCCGGAGUGUGUGUGUGUAGUUUAGAGAUCUGUUUAAGUCAGGAGUGUAUAACAGAGGUGCGUCAUGCAUGUUGCCUGGGAGAGAUAGCUCUGUGGGUUAUCUCUGGAUUUAGCCAACAGUGAAUUCCUGCCCUGUAGCUUCACCAGCAAAACACAUCCUGUGUGUGUGUGUGUGUGUGUGUGUGUGUGAGAGAGAGAGUAGUUAAACUCCGCGCUGAGCCUGAGGAGUGCCCCAUCUAAGGUAUUUGGGUUCUGAGGAGGUGCUGGUGUGAAGCGGACUCCAUGCUGAUUAAUGCUAAUUCACGCCAUGCUCUCUGCAGUCUGCAAUGCCUGUCUACUUGUGGAGAAGGUGUAAAUAAAGUUUCACUUGGUUCAUCUGCUGAGCUGUCUACACUCUUUGUCCAGGUGUGUGCUUCAUCUUGCAGCCGUUGCCAUGUUCUGGAAGUUUGACUUGCACACGACCUCCCACAUCGACCAGCUGCUCGACAGGGAGGAUGUAACGCUGAAGGAGCUGAUGGAUGAGGAAGACCUGCUGCAAGAAUGCAAGGCACAGAACCAUAGACUCCUGCUCUUUCUUUCACAGGACCACUGCAUGCAUGAACUGGUCAGCCUCAUCACAGAGGAACCCUCUGCUGACUUGGAGGAGAAGACACGCUUCAAACUUUCAAAUAUUGCUUGCGAUCUCCUCACCUCUGAUGUGACUACCAUUAAUGACAAGCUGGGGGGAGAUGAAUCUUUGCUGGAGAAGCUCUACAGCUUUCUAGAACAGGAUCCACCCCUCAACCCCCUGCUGGCCUCUUUCUUCAGCAAGACCAUCGGAAACCUGAUAGCGCGCAAAACAGAGCAGAUGAUCUCUUUCCUGAGAAAGAAGCACAACUUCAUCAGUUUGGUGUUGAACCACAUAGACGUGUCCCCCAUGAUGGAUCUGCUCCUGCGCCUCAUCACCUGUGUGGAACCAGCUCCCCUCAGACAGGAGGUUCUCAAUUGGCUGAAUGAGGAGCGAUUGAUCCAGAGGCUGACUGAGCUCAUGCACUCAGGGAGAGAUGAGGAGAGACAAUCAAAUGCGUCCCAGACUCUGUGUGACAUAAUUCGUCUAAGUCGGGAUCAGGCCAAUCAGAUCCCAGAGGCUGUGGACCCAGACCCGUUACUAGCAGUCCUGGAGUCAGAAGAGAAUGUGGCACAGCUUUUGAAGAGUAUGUUUGAGAAGAUGACAAGUGAAGCCUCUGUUGUGAAUGGAACUCAAGUGCUUCUUACAUUACUGGAGUCAAGGAGGUCAGGGCUAGAGGGUCUAAUGGAGCUGUAUUCUCAGGGAUGUGAAAGGUCUUACACUGUCAACAGCAGUAUUCUACGUACUAUUGAGCCUCAUCUAAAGGACUUCCAGCAACUUCUACUGGACCCUCCAAAGAAAAGUGCAAUACUCACAACUGUUGGUGUUCUGGAGCAGCCACUUGGGAACGCACGUCUUCAUGUGGCCAGGCUAGUGGCUUCUCUGCUGCAGACAAGUGACAACAGCAUCUGCCAAGAGCUCUGCAGGCUUAACACCAUGGACCAUCUGCUGGAUCUAUUCUUUAAAUACACCUGGAAUAACUUCUUGCACUUUCAAGUAGAGAUGUGUGUCACAUCAAUUCUGAACCACUCAGCUCAUGGGAGUCUGCCUGCUUCGAUUCUUCAGAACCAUGAAGAAAAGCCUGACUUAGACGGCCAGAUUAGCAACACAGAUGCUUCAGAUGUGACCUCCCAUGCUGCCUUGGUGGCCAAUCUCUUUCAACAGUGUGGUUUGUUGCAAAGGAUUCUAGACGCCUGGGAGGAGAAUGACAGAAUUCAAGCUGCUGGUGGGACCAGAAGAGGUAACAUGGGUCACCUGACACGGAUUGCCAACACUGUAGUGCAGAACUUGGAGAAAGGACAUGUCCAGUCUCAGAUUAGUGAUCUCAUUAAAGAGCUUCCUGAGGACUGCAGAGGUCGUUGGGAGAGUUUUGUGGGAGAAACCCUUAGAGAAACAAACAGGAAAAACACCAUAGAUUUGGUCAGCACACACAACCUGCAUUCUUCCAGUGAAGAUGAUGACAUGGAGAGCCCUUUCCCAAAUGACCUGUCCAUCCAACAGGCGUUCUCUGAUUAUCAGAUUCAGCAGAUGACUGCUAACUUUGUAGAUCAGUUUGGCUUCAAUGAUGAGGAGUUCAGUGAACAUGAUGAAAAUAUCAAUGCAACUUUUGAUCGAAUUGCUGAGAUAAACUUCAGUAUUGAUGCAGAUGAUAAUAGUGCCACUGCUGCUGCCUUUGAGGCUUGCUGUAAAGAAAGAAUACAGCAGUUUGACGACUGUGAAGAGGAAGAAGACAUUUGGGAAGAUAAAGAGAUUAGCUAUGCAACUCAAGUGAAAUCCCGAUCUAGGUUUGGUGUGUCUUCAUCUUCAGGAAGCUCUCCUAAUGGUUCUGUGAGUAAUGGGAAGCCGGGCCGCAGGUCGGCCAAAGAGGAUGAAGACAAGGAAGGCUAUAGUCAGGUCUCUACUCAAGCAGCAACCAGCACAAAAUGCUCCACACCUCAGACUUCUCAAAGUCCUGUGUGCACAGCUCAUUUUGAUGAAGUGAAGGACAAUGAUUGGGACUCUGCCUCCAACCAGAGCAAAAAUGGUACAGGAUGGGCCAAUUUCACAGAGUUUCAGCCUUUCUGCAGCAGCUCCAGUGACUCAGAGAACCAGUCAGAAAAGAAAGGCCUGAAGGCGUCUCUGCUAGUCUCAGACUGCAGUCCUUCAGGAGGUUCUGACAGUGAUGGGGAUGUGCAAAAUGACAAGACUGAGGAUGUAGCCAAAGCAGCAGGCGACCAAAAAGCAGCAGCAGCUCAGGCAUACAGUGAUGCUCCUGUUGAGGCAUUGGAGAAGCUCACUGUUUCAGACACAGCAGCACCUUCAGAGUCCCGGACAUCCACACCCGAUUCAGAAACCACCACUGUGACAGACAAGAGAAUUGGAACCUGGCCGUCUCCUGUGGUUGCCCGCCCACCAGAAGUUUUUGAAUGUAUUCUGCAAACAUUCUGAAAUGUUUUUUUACUCAACACAAUAAUACAGAGAAGUGUUCUGAAUUACUGUAGCCUUCUGUCAGCUCACCCCAGUUUUCUGUUGACCUCUUUCAUCAACAUGCCAUUUCUACUUGCAAAACUGCCAAGACUGAAAGUUUUUUUUUUUGUUUUUUUGCGCGCUACUGUGUAGGACGACUUGUGCACACACUUGCGCACGGCACACAUCAGUUCACCAAUAGAAACUCUCACUCACACAAGUGUACACACACACAGACACACACACCAAAUUUUUGUCAGAGCCAGAGGGAGGAGAGGAGGAGGAAGGGGGCUACUGUGUAUGAUGCCUUUUUUUAUGCACGCACACGCACACCAGUAUACCAACAGAGACUUGCACAAAAUGUGUGCGCAUGCUCACACAUAGCAAAAUGCUUUAUGUGCACACAUAUGGUCACAGUGUGCACGGAUGUUGACCAUACAAGACAUGCAUGGGAAACAAUUAUUGCUCCACUUGGUUUCACUGUACUGUAUUUUGGAUUUUUAUUUGCUGUAAGCCAUAAUCAUAAAAAAAACACUUAAAAUACAUCAGUCUGUGUAUAAUGAACCUACAUAAUGAGUUUAAAUUUGUGUAUGGAAUUACAUAAACAAAUGACUUUUCACUAAUAUAAAUUUAUUGAGAUGCACCUGUCAUGCUGAUUCUGUUUCAGUAGGUCAUGAAAUAAAAUGAUUUUUUUACUGUGUGAUGUUCCUCCUGCCUGCAUUGCUCUGUACUUUGGCAGGAAUAGUUUUUGUAUACUUAUUUAUUAAAUAUAUUUAAUGCUUG